AUGGCGAGCACUGUGAUGACUACCUUGCCUCAAUUCAAUGGUCUUCGAGCCUGCAAGAUUUCUGCAGCUCCUGUUCAAGGCCUGGCAACUGUUCAGCCCAUGAGACGCAAGGGAAAUGGAGCAUUGGGUGCAAAGUGUGACUUCAUUGGCUCAUCAACAAAUCUGAUAAUGGUAACGUCGACGACACUGAUGCUGUUCGCGGGGAGAUUCGGGCUUGCACCAUCAGCCAAUAGGAAAGCGACAGCUGGACUUAAGCUGGAGGCACGUGACUCGGGUCUACAAACGGGUGACCCAGCCGGGUUCACCCUCGCCGACACGUUGGCUUGUGGCACGGUUGGUCAUAUCAUCGGUGUGGGAGUUGUCCUUGGCCUCAAAAACAUUGGUGCUAUUUAA